AUCCAUUCUUUCAACAUGGCCAAUGAAUGUCAUGGGUGGUAAACCUGUAGUUAACGAAUCUGCUAUCAUUAAAUUUAUAAUAAUAUGUUCAAUUGACACUCUAUUUUUGUAGUUCCUCUUUUACUGAUGAAUACUUCAAAUCCAUGUGUUUUGUUCCUUUCGACUAUUUAUCAUUCUUUAAAAAGAAAACCAUUGUAAAAUUAUCACAAUAAAUCCUCACUAGUAUGACUCUAUUCUUUUAACAAACAACCUUUCUAACUAAUCAUUUUUAACUCAAUUCUAGCAUGCUUGUGGUUGCAACAUCUGGGACUGGAUUUGUCUUGGGGAGUGGUAGUGCUGUUGAUUUUUCAGCACUUUCUUGGACUUGCUUGGGUACCAUGAUGGUUGCUGCAUCUGCUAACUCUUUGAAUCAGGUGUUUGAGAUCAAUAAUGAUGCUAAAAUGAAGAGAACGAGUCGAAGGCCACUACCCUCAGGACGAAUCACAAAGCCUCAUGCAAUUGGCUGGGCGUCCUCUGUUGGAUUAGCGGGUACAGCUCUGCUAGCAACACAGACUAAUAUGUUAGCUGCUGGGCUCGCUGCUUCCAACCUAGUCCUGUAUGCAUUUGUGUAUACUCCCUUGAAGCAGAUUCAUCAUGUAAAUACAUGGGUGGGAGCUGUUGUUGGCGCUAUUCCACCACUUUUGGGAUGGGCUGCUGCUUCUAAUGACAUUUCACUAAAUGCAAUGAUUCUUCCAGCUGCUUUGUAUUUUUGGCAGAUACCACAUUUUAUGGCCCUAGCUUAUAUGUGUCGCAGUGACUAUGCUGCUGGAGGGUUUAAGAUGUAUUCUCUUGCCGAUGCAUCUGGGCGGAGAACAGCAUUGGUGGCCUUAAGGAACUCUAUAUAUCUAAUCCCUUUGGGGUUCUUGGCUUAUGAUUGGGGUGUGACUUCUGAAUGGUUUUCUCUGGAGUCCACGGUACUUACACUUGCAAUAAGCGCUGCAGCAUUUUCAUUCUAUAGAGACCGUACCAGAGAAAAAGCAAGGAGAAUGUUCCACGCUAGUCUCCUUUAUCUCCCCGUGUUUAUGACUGGGCUUCUGAUUCACCGUCGCUCCAAUGGCGAACAAUUCUUAGAAGACAAUGCAAAGGGUUUUGUGAAAUCUGCAUCUUCUGGGGAAGCAUUAGAAUUGGAUGAUAAUAAUGAUAAUCAGAAUAUCAAGGCCAAGCGUCCAUAUUGGACUGAAUCACGUCCUCCUGUAGCAUAUGCCUCUGUUGCUCCAUUUCCCUUUCUGCCUGCUCCUUCAUAUUGAUAACUAUUUUCUGGGCCAAGUUUUGUUUGGUUGAUUUGAGAAAUUUAUUGAAACGGUAUUCUUAUUGGUGUUUAAGCUGUUAACCUUGUUUAAUGUUCUACACCAUGAAAAUUGCAGACGCAUCUGUGAUCUGAAAUAAAUGAGAAUUUGCUUCCCGAACAGUGUAUAUACAACAGUGUAUAUACAAUCUUUUUUUGUUUUU